GUUUUCGAUUCUCGCGCGUCGCGCAUGUAUGUAUGUUUGAUGUUGAUUUCCGUUAUUAGAAAAUCGAAUGCUGACAUCUUAAAGUUGAACAAAACAUUUCGUUAAUUUGGGUACGUAUGCGUCGAAGUUGUUUUUCAAUAUGUCUCUACGGUCUGAUUAAAACAUAUAUAAAUCGAAAUAAUAUAAAUGCUAAUACAAAAUUGAUUGUACAAUGAUUUUUCUAUGUUAGGUCCAGAUCUAAUUACUGGUAUUGUUCUUAUACCUUAGCUUGUUCAAUUCAUUACGUAUUUAUUUAUCAUUAUCUAUAGGAUAUUUUUCUAAUCUCUAGAAAACUAAUUUUAUUUAACCAAUUUUUAAGUCCGGGACUGAUCUCUCAGAUAAUUAUCCUCCUAUUUCUUGUCUGAACGUAUUACCAAAAUUAUUUGAAAAUCUUGAACCAAAAGUGUAAUAUUUUUAAAACAAAUUUUACCUGAUAACAAACAUGGAUUUUGUUAAACAAAUUCAACUUAAUAGUACUUUAUUCAGAUUUAAUGCAUGCAAUGGUGUUCAAGUUGAUGGCAUCUACACGGAUAUUAAAAAGGCGUUAGACACAAUAAAUGUUAAUGUAUUUAUAAAUAAACUUCAUACUAUUGAUGUAAGAGAUCCAAUUAUUCCAUGGUUCAAAUCACUUAUCUGACCAAAUUAAAUGAAUUCUCUCAGAAUAUUAAUGUAUCCUCUGGAAUACCACAAGGUGUUCAUUGUUAGCCCUUACUAUUUAUAAUUUUUGUCAAUAAUUUAAAAAAUAUUUUGAUUUUGUAAAUCCGCUUUAUAUACAUACAAUUUAAAGCUAUUCAUUACACUUUCUUUUAUAGAUGAGUGUAAUAAGCUACUAUAUAACCUCGAUCAAUUCUGUUUAUAGUAUGCAAACAACAGUCUAAAUUUAAAUACUGAUAAAUACAUUAAAAUAAUAUUCUUUUCAUUCUAUGUAUCUACUGUCAACCGUAAUUAUUGUCUAUUCACAUUAGUUGAUUGAAUAUUAACUCUAGGUAGUUAAAAAACUUUUUUGAUUUUUUUUUUUUAAGUAUCUCUUGGAAAUGAAACAUAGUUAGAAAAAUAUUUGUAGUCUAUACUUUUUAGUUAUAUUUUUGUCUUAUAUAAUUACUUUAUAGUACUAAAUAGUAUUGUACUUGCUUUAUUUUAUUGCUCCAUUUUACUUGUCUCUAUUAUGUAUACUGAAAUAACUUUUACCAUGUAUGUAUAAAUGUAUUAUUUCUGUACUAUAUGCCCACCAUGUGUUUAUUCUCAAAAAUAUAACAGUUGCUAAAUAUAAAUAUAGAAGAAAGUAAUAUAAUUAAGUAAAACAAUUUUCUUUUUUAUAUAUAUAUUUAUUAUUUUUUUAAAUUUAAUUGGUAGCAUCAUCUAAUUAAGUAUAUCUUCAUAAUAUAUAUAUCAUAUAUCAAUAAUUAUUUAUAUUUUUUUCUUUUGUAAGAAUUGCUCAAUCAUUUGUUUAUCUGUACAUAACAAAUGUAUUAUUUCAGCCUUUCACUACAUAUAUCACACUUCUAAAUUCUUCUCAAACUCUUUUUAGUAUCCUUAUUUUAUACAGAUCACUUUUAAUCCACUAUCUUUUGUUUUUUUCUAUAAUAGCCAAGUAUCUUUCCUUCAAGAAUCCAUUUGAUAGCAUAUAACUAUUGAUUAUUUUAAAUUAUUAUAUUUAUGGUAGGUUAUAUUAAUGUACCUUAUAUUAAUUAUUAUUAUUAUUAUUAUUAAUUAUAUUUAUAUACAGAAAUGAGCAAGUUUCAGUAGGUAUGUAGUGUAAUUGGAUAGUAAAUACAAGUUACUCUAAUUUUAGGUAACUGGUUACAGUAACAUAGCAAUAGUUAGAAAUGUUCACAAAAAUACAUGAAAAUAGUUGUCAAUCAAUAAUGUGCAUUAAAUUAUACAAUUGUAUAAGUUAAAAUUAAUACUUGUACAACUACUUUAAAUAAAUAGUUAUUAUUACUAUUUUUUAUAAAAUCUUAACUAAACAUUUUAAAAUAAAAAGAAAUGUAAAUUAUUACACAAAAUAUAGGUUAUAUAUAUAUAUAUCUUUUAUUGCAAGUUAUGAAACAAUUUUUAACCAGUUACAUGUUAUAGUUAAUUGAAAAUGGUGUAACAGAUUAAUAGUUACAAGUUGUAAAAAUAACUGGGCUAUAGAACUGAUCGAUUCAUUGAUGUAUGUAUCAAUUAGUGCCCAUCCCUGUUUAUAUAAUAUUUUGCAGCUACCUACUCACUUAUUUAAUUUAUUUCAGGAUAUAACAUAUAUUUAUAAAUUAUUUGUAUAAUUUUUAGAAUUCUGACAAAAAUACCAACAAUGGACGAUUCCAUGAAAACCGAAAUGUUUGCUGACUUGAACACUAGUAAAUACACAUAUAUAUAUAUAAUAUUACUUCAUACUUAAGUACUUCAUACUUUUUUUUUUUAGAAAUUACUUUCAUAUGCAUGGUUUCUUAACAAUAUUUUAGUUUAUUCUUCUUAUUUUCCUUCUUGGGUAAAUCGGCCCUUAGGACCAUCCCAACAUAUAACCUUGAUUCCAGUUUUCUCUAUUCAAUGUUUGUGUCUUCCAAUUUCUACCUCCUAAUUUUACUUAAGUAUUACUUAAAAAAAACUGUUAAGUUAUAUAACAUUAAAGUAAUCACAAUAAUUUGAGAAGUAGUUAACUUCUCUUUUCUUUAUUCAAACGCAUUGGAUCCUAUGUUUCAUAUGCUCAUAACAGUCACUGUACAAAAGAUUCAAGAACAAGUUACCUACCUAUGUACUGUUUUUACAGGUAACAAUGAAUCUGUAAUAGAUUUUACAGAUAAUUUAACAAAACUAAAAAUGAGAAAGUCACAAUUCAACUUGUCUGUUUCACUAACACCUGGUGAACUUAGUGCUAUAUUUGACACAACUACUGCACAGCCAAAAUCAAAUUGUAAGAUAAAUAUUUUUCUAUUAAUCUUAAAAAUAUAAAUAAUAAUUAUCUAAUUUAAAUAUGCUUCAUUAGCUGAAAUUAGGUUACAUAAUCAGUUUCUGGAGGUUCUUCAUACAUAUCAAAUAAGUUCACCCUUACAAAUAUUGGAAAUACUUCAAUACUUCAUUGAUGUUUGUAUGGAUACGCUCUCCAUUUUAAAAGAUCAACAUCAAGUAUGAAAUAGUUUUAAAAAUGUAUUUCAUUUUAUUUUAUUUUUCAAUAAUUUUUCAUACCUUGUGAAUUUUUAGAAUGUGGAUUGGUUGGAACAUGAAUUAAAUACAUGGCGUUUACUCUUAACAUUAUUCCAAGUACAACAUUUAGAACCUGAAGAAAUACAUAAUAUAAUUAGUGAUCGUGAUUUAUCAGAUGCAUUGUUUCAAGAAGAUCAAAAAUUAAAAGGGGUAAUCCAUACAAUUAUAUGAUUUAUAGAUAAAAUUAAUAAAUUAUUAUUUUUAUUCAUAGAUACAAAGAAUUGUUGAUUGGUUAGAACAUUGUUCUGCAGAAAGUAUAGAAAAUGAAUUCAUGAAAAAUGCAAAAAUCUUUUCAGAUGAAGAAAUUGCUUGGCCUAAUACUUUAGGUCAGCUUUUGGUAUGCAUAUGUUUUUUAUUUGUAUAAUUUUAGAAAAGUAUUUAGAUACAAUUACACUGUUCACCCAUUUUCAUGGUUAUGUAUAUAAUUUUAAUUUUUAGAAAAAAGAAUUAAUUUAUCAAAGCUCCGGUACUAUGGUAACUCAGUUAGAUCCAGAUGCACCUAGCAGACAAUCAAGAUCCAUUCAUGAUUUAGAUCAAGUAUACACACAUUUAUUAUUAAAACAUAAGUCAGUUCUGUAAAAACUACAAUUGUAUUAAAUAUAUAAUCAGAAUUCUAUUUUUACAACAGUUUUGGAACAAACAAAAUACCUUAAUUGUUUAGAUUCUAAGUAGUUUGAGGAAUGUUUAUUAAUUUUAACAAUGAUGUUUUUCUUUUUCUAUCCGAACAACUUAUCUAUCAGGAAUUUUGUUCUGAUUUUCAAUUAUAGCAAUUUUUUCUGGAAGGAAAUCGUAACUGGGGUAAUCAUUUUUUUAAUUUUCCCUAUAAAUGGGGAAACAGGUACAAUACUAAACAAAUAUUAAAGAAAAUACUGCAAUUAUUUUAUGACAUAAAAUAUAUUGUUGACAAAGCAACACUAUUAACCGAACUUCACUCAAAAUCAUUUUUCAUUAGCAGUGGUUAAUUGUUGCGUACUAAUACAUUAAAUUUCCUUUCAACCUUACAACAAAUUAUAUCAACUUUAUUGUCCACAAAAAAACUGUUUCAUAAUGGUAUUAAGUAUUACAAUAACAUUGUAAUAAUGUUUAAGAAUCUAGAUAAAUUAAAUUGUUCAAUAUAAAUUAUAUUAUAGUUAAUAAUAUUUCAAAUUUAUUCAUAUGACUCAUAUUAAUUUUAAUUACCUUAUAGGUAGAUGACGAUAGACUUUUACAACAGGUGUUUGUUGAAAUUCGUUGUGGUCGGUUAGAAAAGGCUCAAUUAUUAUGUUGUCAGUAUGGCCAGUUUUGGAGGUCAGCUAUAAUGGAAGGAUGGCGUCUAUACCAUGACCCAUUUUACAGACCAAAAGAAGAGCAAUCAUCAUCGGAUGAAGUACUUGGAAAUCCAAAUAGGUAUUUAAUUUAUUUAUAUUAUACUAUUGAAGACUUAUUUUAAUGCAUUUUAGAGAUAUUUGGAAGUCAUGUGCUUGGAAAAUAUCUUCAGAUCCAAAGAACUCACCAUACUGGAGAGCGACCAUUGGCAUAUUAUGUGGAAAUAUUGAUGCUGUUUUACCUGUUUGUAAUCGAUGGGAAGACAUUUUAUGGGCACAUCUCCAUACUAUUGUGAAUGUAACCAUUGAGAAUCACAUACAAACCAACAAAACAAAUAAUUUUAUACGUUUGCCCGAAAAAUACUGGGAGUACAAGUACGUUCAUCUGUGCAUAUGUAUAUAAUUACUAGGGUGGCUCUUAAAUAGGCCAUUGUUGAGUUUUAAGUGCACCACCUAAGAUGGUUCCAAAUAAAUAAAUAAAAAUCCACUCCAAUUUUUAAAGCUUUAUCUCAAUAUUAACCUGUACCUCAAGCUACCUACUUUUUUCCAUUUAAUUAACAGGGGUUUUUAUUGACUUUAGUUCAUAAUUAUGAGGUGUCACUUUGUGCUGAUUCCAACAUGAAACCUAUAAGUAGUACCCACAGUAUUUAUAUUUUUCAGAAAAUUGCUGAUUUUUAAAUGCUUUAUUUUUUUAAUUUAUUUAGAAUGACUAUGAAUGACAUUAUAACUGAAUUAAAAUCCAAUGCUAAAUUAUCAGUACGUCAAGAAGCACAUAAACCAAAACGUCAAAUUCAACAACAUUUUAUGACCAAUCAGUAUCGUGAAUUAGUGAACAAUAUGGUGGAUUGGGCAGCAAAUUCAGAAUCAGAUCCUCAAUUCUUACGUUUUCUGGCACAUUUGAUCUUAGUUAUUCGUUGGGCAGGUAUUCAACAUGAUGAACAGGCAGCUAAUUCAAUAAUACAAAAAUAUAUAGAGGUAUACAAUUUCAGUUAUAAUUUAUAAUAUGAAAUAUAUUCUACCAAUUAAACUUAUUUUAGAUUCGGAGUGUAGUUUUACUAUUUUUUUUCUGUCUAUAAAUAACUUCUACCAAAAAAUUUGCACCAAAGUAUAAACUUUACUACUACAGCACUUUUUCUGAAAGGUAAUUUUCUCUAGUUGGUGCAUUGGGGAGGAUAUUUUUUGAUUUUCUAAGGGGUUUUUAAAAUAAUUGAAAAAACAAAAUUAUAGGUAAAUUGGCAAAUAUGUAUGGCACGCCACGGUGUUACCUUUUUCAUUAUUUUCAUUGUGUUAUACUUUAGGUUUCUACCAGAAAUAUUACUCCAAUUGAAAAAUGACAAGAUUGCUAUGGUUGUUAAAAAUCUGGGUUUCUUAAACUAAAAAAUCUAUAAAAAGUAUCUGCACUGCAUGGUAUUUUAUCUCACCUACAAAGAAUUAAAUAAGUCAGUGAUUCUUAAACUGGUUUGUGGCCCCCUGGGGGUUCAUGAUAUUUAUGUUGGGGAUCCGCGGCAACUCUUUCAGUAAAUAUUGAUUAUGAUAACAUGAGAUAUUUUGUAAAAAAAAAAAGGUAUUCGAAAAAAGAUUGGUAGGGGUCUGUGAUUUUUAAAAGUCUUUCAUCAGGUGUCUGUCAUUCGAUGUGCACUAAAAGUUUAAAAACUUCUGAAAUAAACAAUCAAAAUAAACACGGGCAUCUCAACAAUAGACAAAUUCGAAACCGAAGAUACAUGUACUGAGAGUACAUCUUGAAAUUUAAUAAUAUGGCUAUUAUUAACCUACCAUAAGAAAACUAUUAUUAUAUAUUGUGAAUUUAUAUUUAAUUUAAUAUUGAACUCAUUUUUUGAACCACUAAAAUUAAAAUAUUUUAUAGUACAGUAAAACUUCUGUUAAGGGUCAUAUCUAAAUAAUGGUUAGGUUAUAAUAGAAGUUUUACUGUACUAAUAUUUCGGCUAUUUCAUUUUUUUAUUCAAAACACAAUAGACCAUACCUAUUUUCCAUUUACCCGUUUUUUGAUAUCUGAAGUAUUUUUUAUAAUAAUUAGGAAAAGCCAAAAGAUGAAAUAUUUAAAUUUUGUUUAAAUUACGGCACAAUAAUUUCAUUAUUUUAAAUUUUUAUGACUUAUUUUCUACAAAAAAUUUUGCUCCAAUAAUAAAACAAGAAGUCUUUUUUUGGUUGAAUUUUUUUUUCUAGUUGGUGGCAAAAGUUUUUUUUGAUUUGCAGUUUUUUUAAUAAUUGAACAAAAUCAAAAUGUAUGUUGAAAAAUGCAUUCAAAUACUUAGACUUUUCACAAUAUUCAAGAAGUAUCUAGUGUUACUGACUGUCCUUCAUGAACGGCUCGUAACACUAGUGACGAUACCAACUUUGGUUUUUCAAAUAAGAAGCUAUAUUAAAAAUUUAAUUUGUUGACAGAGUAUAAUUUUAAAUACAUUUUAGUGUCUAAAUUUUAGAUUUCCGUAAACCUAAUGACGAAAUAUUCCAUUUUAAGUUUAGGUAAAGGGAGAGUAGUAGAGUAUUAUUUGUGUGGCAGCAUGGCGUGCAGCAUCUUAUCAGUGCUCCACUUCACUCCUAAACUUGAAAAGUGAAAGAUCUCAGGAACAGGUUGACCAAAAUCAAAAAUUUACACCUAAAUUCAUUUAAAUAAUUAUCCAUCUAUUUAUGGAAUUUUUUUUUUUGGUUCUCAUUUGAUAAACCAAAGUUGUGUCUCGCAGCAACAUGAUACUCUUUAAAUGCUGUGAAUUAUAUUUGCUCUAACUUUAUUUUUAAAAAUUCUUAAAAUCAGAAUUUGAAUAUAUGCAAAAUUAACCCUAAAAAUGGAAUGAAGACACUUAGUGAACCACUCUAUGUAUGAUUUUUUUUAGAACUAGUAAAACAUUUAAAACAUUUGAGAUAUAUAUAUUUAUAUAGCUAUAUAUAGACAUUAUAAUUUUGAAAGUUUUUUAUGUCAUUUUUAUUUAGUAGAUACUCUGUAGGUAAAUUGUUAGACUUAACAGAAAUACUUAAAAAUUCAUAAGAGGUUCAUUAAAGUCGUACUUUGUGGUAAAAAAAAAAAUUGAGCUUAAUGUAAUACUUUUUUUAUAUAAGUUUUAAAAUACAAUUUUGAUGAAAAUUGUAAAUAUUACAACCUUUUAAAACAUGUAUAACCAAACUUCACUCCGAAUCGUUUUUCGCUAUCAAUGAUUAUCCUUGGUUCCAAGUUUAGAUUAAAUAACUAUGUAUCUCACCUUCCUCACUACCCACCAGAACAGUGACCACACCCGUUCCCAGUAUCAGUUCUUUUUUAUUUUUAGGUCCUAAUUCCCAUGCAUGACCCAGUUCUAGUAGCUUACUACACGUCACAACUGGAAAGAACUAGUCAAGUGACUAUUUAUUCAAAAUUUUUGGAAAAAAUGAUUUUGCCAGAGCAACGUUCUAGUGGAUUGAAGGCUGGUGAAGAUGUUAAACUCCCAGUUGAAGAAAUAACUAAACGUAUAGUAGAGACAUACCGGUACAUAUUUUAAUAUUUACUGAUCAUGUUCUUUAAUAUAUUUUGAAGUUUUGUUGACAAAUUUAUAAUAAUACUUAUAAUAUUAUAGAAAUCGAUUUAACUACACUGCUUCUAGUACAGAUUUAUUUUCGGAAAUAACCAAUGAUGACAAUGAACUCAUUUCAGCAUUAGAUUGGAUAAUUUAUUAUCCCAGCCAGGUAGAAGAAGCAUUUAUACAAAUUAAUGCAACAGUACGUAAUUUUAUCGCCCAAGGCAAAAUUCAAGCAGCUCGUUUAGCAUUUAAUAAGGUUUGUCAUAUACUAUAUUUUAUGAAAUGCAAUAUUGUAAUAGUUAAAAUGCUGUAAUAUGAAACAUUAGAUUCAGAAAGAAACAAUGACUCGGUUAGUAAAUAACGCAAAUAUUGAUGUUGAAAAACUCAUGAAAUUGGACAUGUUACCGAUUUCAGGAAAUACACAAUCACAUGUCUUGGAAUAUUUCGCUUAUAAAUGUUACUUGGUAAGUUACUGUACAUGUACAUUUUUUAAAUUGUAGUUAUUAACAAAAUUAUUAUUUAGGAUGCAGAAGAAGGAUUUGCUGAAUGGUUUCAUGAAUAUCAUCAAACUAAACCCAUUGAACCUGUCAAACCACUUGUAAAUACAGAGUAUUCCAAAAAAUUGAUUUAUGAACACAAUAUGGAGCAAUACCAAACAGCAUUAAAAAAUUGGAAACAAAAUGUAUCCAGUUCAUCACAAGUAUGUGGGAUGUUUUUCACAAUUACUUAUAAGAAAGUAUAGUAUUUUUGUAUUUAUUAGAUUGUUGUUGAACAACUUUUCAACUUGUUGUAUUUCCCCGGAGGCUGGCUUGUAGACCAGAAAAAUGAAGAUCUAAGUCGUCGUGAAUAUUUUGAACUUCUGCGUACCAUAUGUAUUCCUAAGGUCAGUUUAUCUCUAGUGUUUAGUAUUUCUAUACUAUUAUUAUAUACUAUUAGUUGGAGUUAAAGGUGGUAGUUGCAUGCUUUAACAAUGUUAAUUUGAAAACUUUUUGAUAUUUUGUAAAUAUCCAAAACACAACCCUUGUUAAAAAUUAAUAAUAACUGUUAUUUUAAAAUGAUAAACCAUUUGAAUAAUAAUUCUUUGUAAAACCCAGAUUUUAAUCUAGACUUGUCCUAAAAAUUUGCCUUCAUAUAUUAUUAUUUAAUUUAUUUAAUUUUUUGUUUUUGAAAAACUUACAUACAAAGUUCAUUAAUUAUAAUAUAUUUUUUUUAAUUUAGAUUUUUAUACUUCUACAUACUAUAUUACAUAGUGCUGAAAGGUAUACAGAAUGUAUCAAGUUAGCUGGUUAUAUAACAGAUGAGACCUAUAAAUUCUACCAAGUAAUUCCUACUUAUAAGUAUUAUUAUAAAUCUUGCAUAAUUAAUUAUUUAUAAUUUCCAGUUGUUUACACAAGCCAGCUUAAAGAAAUUAUUAGCAAAAAUUGCCGAAUCAUCAGUGUGCUUAAUGGAAUCUUCAGAUCAACAAUUAGAUCCCUGGGGAUUUUAAUCAAAUAAAAAAUAGAAAAAAAAAAUAUGCGUAAAAUGUGUUAUUUUUAUUUCCACUCUAGAUAAGCUUAUUUAUAGGACUAAAUUAAGAAAAAUAAUAAUACUUUGUAUUAUAUUCAUAAAUGUA